AUGAAAGUCCAUUAUAUUAAUAUAUUAUUGUUUGCGCUUCCAUUAAGUAUAUUGUUAUUAUCAUCACAGGUGUAUAAUCAUAGGAACUAUUACAUCACAACCCUUCAUACACAAACCAAUAGAUCAUUAUGUGAAUGCGAAUUAUAUGCACCUUCCAACUAUGAUAAUGACCCACAAAUGAAAAAAGUAAUGCAACAAUUUGAUGAUCGUAUAUCACAAAGAUUUAAAGAAUACAAUGAAAGGAUGAAAACUACACGCCAGAAAUGUAAAGAUAAAUGUGACAAAGAAGUCCAAAAAAUUAUUUUAAAAGAUAAAUUAGAAAAGGAAUUAAUGGACAAAUUUGCCACAUUACAAACUGAUAUAAAAAGUGACUCCAUUCCAACAUGUAUUUGCGAAAAAUCCUUAGCAGAUAAAACAGAAAAAUUUUGUCUCAACUGUGGUAAACAUAUGGGAGCAAUUGCACCCUGGUGGGGGUUGAUCUGUGGUACAGGGUAUGCGGGAUGGUCACAUUAUGUUGCCGGAAUUACUGCAAAACUUGCCACAGAUGCGGGUAUUGAGGAAGGUCUAAAAGUUGGUUUGGCUAAAGUCACGGUAAUAGCAAAAGAUUUAUCAAAGGGUUUAGGUGAGAUACCUACAAUUAAGGUACUACAAGAGAUUAUUGCGGGAAAGUUUACUGAUAGAGUAACACUUCAUGGUAUAUUUAAAUGUAUAAGCAGUAAUAUGAACGGCCAACUGCAGGCGGAUAAGUAUGAACUAUUUUCCGCAACAGUAGAUACUAUGGCUAAACAAACGCUUACUAGGUUUAAUAAUUGGUAUCCUACACCAGCAGCAGCAGUUGAAAAUGCUGUUGCUAAUGCUAAAGCAGGUGUAUUGGCAGAGGGAGCCAGUAAAACUAGUAGCUUAAUUACUCCUAUAACUGCUUCGGUUGUUACAAUAGUAGUCAUAAUUUUAAUUAUGGUGAUAAUAUAUUUGAUUUUACGACAUCGACGAAAAAAAAAAAUGAAGAAAAAACUCCAAUAUAUAAAAAUAUUAGAAGAAUAA